AUGUAUUUGAUUGGUUUAACCGGUGGUAUAGCAACCGGGAAAAGUACUGUUUCACAAAUUUUUGUCGAAAAUCAUGUGCCAGUUAUUGAUGCAGAUUUGAUUGCUCGUGAAGUUGUUGCACCAGGCGAAAAUGCAUAUGAGAAAUUGCGCCAGCAUUUUGGUGAUGAAUUCUUUGAUAGUGUAAGUGGUGAAUUAUUAAGGAAAAAAUUCGGUGAUUUGGUUUUCUCUGAUGAAAAUGUUCGUCAUUUGGUGAAUUCAAUUACACAUCCUGAAAUACGUAAAACUAUAGCACUUCGAAUUUUGCAAUAUUUUUUUCGUGGUGAAAAAUUUGUUGUUUUAGAUCUUCCAUUACUUUUUGAAGCUGGUUAUGCGAGAAUUGUGCAAUCAAUAGUAUUGGUAGACUGUCUUGAAAAUAUUCAAUUGAAACGCUUACAACAACGAGAUAAUAUUGAUGAAAAAGCCGCUCGAAAACGGAUCAAUGCACAAUAUCCGAUGUAUGAUAAACGUCAUCGUGCAACUCAUAUUGUGAAUAAUAGUGGUGCUAUUGAGGAGACUCGAGCUCAAAAUUUGAAACGAUUUUGA